AUCAAAGUUCUAAAGCAGCCAAUGGCGGACGAACAGGGAUUUUGCGAUGGCAUGGUGGAGACUUAUGACGAAGAAAUCAACUUUGAUAAAGAUGUGAAAAAAGUCAUAGACGAAGGGAUUAAGGAGGCAAGACAAAUGGACCCUGAGAAAAGAGCGCAAGUGAUUGAAACUGCCGGGCGUUUAGCCUACGACAUAAUGAUUGUCGAGAGCAUUGGAGAUGAGAGAGACGCUAAAGUAGCCAGAGGAAGGAAGGAGGCUGCUGAAAAUUUUAUCAAAGAGGAGUUAAAAAGGAUGGUAUCACAAGAAGACGCUUUUAAACAAGAACGUUAUCCAUACGCAGAAUUACUCGUGGAAGCAAAAAAGGCCGCUGAAAAAGAAAAAGAGAGGAUUUUCAACAAGGGAAAAACACAAGCUGCUGAAAAAAUCCCUGAGCAGAAGACUUGGAAACGACUCAAGAGCACCAGUGAAGAGUUGGAAAUAGAAACAGGGGGAAAAAUACCCGAGCAGAAUCUCAACGCAAAGAUUGAGGCCAGAG